AUGGCAGUUACAAAAUUAGAAUUUUCUCAUUCCAAUCCUUCUGUCUUCCUCACCUUUCCCAAUUCUUUCCAAUUUUGCAACGGUUUCGCAUUCUUCUCCUCUCUCUCGUCCUUUCUCUCUCACAAGUACUCUAACCAAACCCUUCCUCGUAAUUCUCGUCCUCUCUCGAUAUUGUUGAUAUGUUCGAGGUUUAGAUCUUUCAGGCGUCAACGUUAUGUCUUCGCUUGGCAGGGAACUGAGUGGGAUGAGGUGGAAAAGUACUUGUCUGGUUUUACUAAGAUUAAAUACAUCCACGCAAUCACAAAUUUCACAGAUUGGAGGAAAUUAGAUGUGGAGUAUGAGAUGGUUGGAGGCAUUGAUUAUAAGCAUGAACAACAUAUAAUGAAGUACCAAAGAGAAAACGGUCUAACAUUAUGGACAAGCUCGAUGCAUAAGGCAUUUACUGCUAUUAAUGCUUCUUAUUUGCAGUCUUCUGUUGUUGCUAAAGCUCCACAUUGGUUGAAUGCUGCUAUUAGCAACUUCAAACAUGAUUUCAUGGAAAGUAGUUCUUCUGGUGGAAAGAUUUCAACAACUUAUGUUCGUAAAAAGUCAUGGAAGAGUUGUACUGCUCAUGCUCACAUCUCGUCGAAUUUGACAUCAAAACCUCAUUUUUGUAGGAAUAGUUAUUUCUUAAAGAUGGGGAGUUUGGUUGGAAAAGAGUACUCAAGUAGCAUUGUUCCAGAAAAAAUCGCACAAAUUUAA